AUGGCAGGCCAGCACUGCCCCCCACGACUGACUGUAUGUCGCUUUGCCUUUGCUUUGGUGCUUCAUUUCAUUCCAUUUUUAGGGGUCGUGAUCGUCGCGGGCGUCGCACAACAAGGGCCAAGAAAGCAAUGGGGGCGGCCAAUUUACCUAGGGUCAAUCAUUUCUCACCCGCUGCCGAGCCAUCAAAGAGGCACCAGACCCGGUUUUUGGCUCACAUUUCUUUUUCGGGGAGGGGACUUUUUGACUCGAGUCCUCCGCACCCAGGUCUGGUACUUGGCAUUGGUUGGCGGAUUCCGCAAAGAGAUCGACACGACACAAAGAACACACCUUUACCCAAGGCAACCAUACCCAAGGGUACUUGCUCCACAAUCAGUCAGCACGGCAGAACGGCUUUGGUCCCAGAUGGUCGUCUUAACAGCACUAGUCUGCUUUGUGUUGUGUCUCGACCAGUCGGGCGUCGCUUGGCUCUCCAGUUCCAACCAAACAUUCCAGGACAAUAUGAUAUAUGGGACCCAGAUAAGCGUUACAUUCGCCUUUCACGGGAACCCGCACACCCCGCUGCCGUGCAGUGUGCACCACUCGCGAGCCGAUGAUUUUGCUAUUGCAGCCACGCGGGUGGGCAUGGAGAAAAAGGUUGCCCGCCCCAGUUUGUUCUACUUGGUACGGCGUUCUCCUUCCCCUGCAACGCCCCCGCUGUACGUCUUGUCCCUUCGUUCCCGUUCGUUCGGCCUUGGUGCGGCGGCUGUCCAAUCGCGGUUGAAGUUGUACGUUUAA